UCCCCAUCUACCAAGCCCAGCUACAAAUUCUCUCUCUCUCUCUCUCUCUCUCUCUCUCUCUCUCUCUCUCUCUCUCAUGGAGUUUCUCGUUUUACUCUAUGCUCUCCCCAUCUUCUAUUCACUGUUCAUUUUGUGGAAGUGGGUUGAUGCAAAAAGAGAUCAAGAAUGUUAUAUUUUGGACUAUCAGUGCCAUAAGCCGACGGAUGACAGAAUGCUCGACACAGGAUUCUGCGGGGAGAUCAUUGAGAGGGCCAAGAAUCUUGGUCUUAACGAGUACAAGUUCCUCCUCAAAGCCAUUGUCAGCUCCGGCCUUGGCGAGCAGACAUACGGACCAAGAAUCGUGUUCUCAGGCCGGGAAGAAAAUCCCACACAGCUGGAUGGGGUCUCGGAGAUGGACGAGUUUUUCCACGACAGCAUUGCAAAGCUCUUGUCCAGUUCCGGUAUUUCUCCCUCGGAAAUCGACGUCCUCGUCGUUAACGUCUCUAUGCUAUCCUCCGUUCCCUCUUUAGCAGCUAGAAUCAUCCACCAUUACAAAAUGAGGGAUGAUAUUACGGUUUUUAACCUCUCUGGCAUGGGGUGCAGUGCUAGCCUUAUUUCCGUCGACAUAGUCAGACGUAUCUUUAGGUCGUACAAGAAUUUGUAUGGCCUUGUGGUGACUUCUGAAUCCCUGAGUCCAAAUUGGUAUUCAGGUAAUGACAGAUCAAUGAUUCUUGCAAACUGUUUGUUCCGGUCUGGAGGCUGUGCAAUUCUUUUGACAAACAAAAGGGCCUUAAAACACCGAGCCAUGUUCAAGUUAAAGUGCCUUGUGAGGACACACAACGGGGCUAGAGAUGAGUCUUACGGCUGCUGCAUGCAGAAGGAAGACGAGGAAGGGAGGCUAGGGUUUCACCUUGCAAAGACUCUCCCAAAGGCUGCAACAAGGGCUUUUGUUGACAACCUAAGAGUGAUAUCUCCCAAGAUUUUGCCUGUGAGGGAACUGCUUAGGUUUAUGGUUUUGUCCCUUGUCCGGAAAAUGAGUCAGAUCUGCAACAUAAAUAGCAAGACUGGCCGGGGAAAUAUUAUUAGCAGCAGCAGCAGCAAAAGUCUGCUGAACUUUAAGACUGGGGUCGAUCACUUUUGCCUGCACACAGGUGGAAAGGCAGUGAUAGAUGGGAUUGGAGGGAACCUUGGGCUAUGCGAGCACGAUCUAGAGCCAGCGAGGAUGACACUGCACAGGUUUGGGAACACUUCGGCAAGCAGUCUUUGGUAUGUUUUGGGGUACAUGCAAGCAAAGAAAAGGCUUAAACAGGGAGAUAAAGUGCUGAUGAUAAGCUUCGGAGCUGGGUUUAAAUGCAACAGCUGUGUGUGGGAGGUAACGAGGGAUUUGGGGGAUCAUGAUGUAAAUAAGCAUAAUGUCUGGAAGGACUGCAUUGAUUGUUACCCACCAGAGUCGUUGACCAACCCGUUUAUGCAGAAGUUUGGUUGGAUCAACCAGGAGGAUGUGAGCACGUUCAAAACGUUACUGUAGUUAACUGGUCAAAACAUCUGUAGUUCUAGCCAGCCGGCUCUACAGCUGGUUGUUUUUCUUUUUUAAAGUUUUAAACUAAUUAAAAACGUUUCUCCCAA